GCUUUUACGUGCGGGGCAAUGGGAAGCUUGGGCAAUGGCAGGCUGCUGUCUUAGAAUUAUGGCUGCGAGAGGCUGCCCAACCGCCGCGAGGCAUUAGAUUUUGACAGAUGCGAGCGCUCCUGCGGCUGCAGCUUGGCUGCCAUCCGACCAUGCGCGCCUGGUCGCGCCGGCGGGCACCACUGUGGCAGACGGUCCACCGCGGCUGCCCCGGACUGCUGCGCGGCGUCAGCAGCAGCAGCGACGCAAAGCUCCCGGCCGUCGUGCACCCGGCCGAGGCUAGAGCAGUGCGCGUGCUCACCGCCGUGCUGACGACCUUGCUCACGCCGCUGCACCGGCCAUCAGAAAUAAAAGACGAGUGCCAUCGCGAGAUUUUUGAUGGUCCGGAGCGGCAGGCCGGUGAGACUUUUCUCGCCUACGUGGACCGGGCGCCCAAAGCAGGUAUAGCGAGAAACUACGACGGCAAGGGCGCGGGCUCUGAUAUUUCGCUCCACUCGCACCCGUCGCUCGUGAAGCUGCACGACGCCCUCAAGCAGUUCAGCGCCGAGCGCGGGACCGCCGUGCACGGUGGAGCUAGAGGCUUCACGCAGGACGUGCUCGAGACGGUCGUCGCCAGGAAUGGUGGCGAUUCAGAGCACGCGGCGUUGAUGAUGGACCUGCUCGACAGCGACGGCGACGGCGUCGUGACGUUCGAGGAGUUCUGGGCCUACCACGUGGUCAUGGAGGACGGGCGCACGCAGAACAAGGUCGAUUUAUUACUGCGUGGGGGCACCGACGGCCGCCUCGGCCGACGCGAACUCGGGUCCUUGGUGGGGGCAACCUACCUCACAGCGAUGGGGAUGCGGGGCAAGACGAGCCAGCUACCUUUGCUGGAGGCGCUCGUCGAUCAGCGCCUCGGUGCCAUCCCCACGGGGGUCGAGGAGAGCGUCCGCCUCUUGGCCGAGACCGAGGAACCCUGGCAGGACGGCCACCCGGUCGCCACGCUCGACGUGACCGAGGCGACGACCAGUGCAUAAAUCAGAUUAUCGCGCACCCGACACUGGUUGAUUUACGCACAGGCGACGACGGUUCGAGACUUUGCCGAAACCGUCGGAAAGGUCUGCGCGAAUUAUUGCUUCGCCAUCGCGAACAAAAGCGGCACCGAGCUCGACUCCGAGGAGCUCGCGAGCUGGGUCAGGGGCGGGUCGGACAGCUACCGCUUCGUCGAGGAGCUGCUCCUGUCGACGCUGUACACGACGCGGCGGGACCGGUCGUCGCUCGUCAGGUAUCUCACCGAGCACCACGAACGGCACGGCGACGCCUCGGUGGCGGACGAGUCGCUCCUGGGCAUCCUCAAACGGGAGUUCUGGUUCCAGGGUUGACUACUAACAUGUGAUAAAC